GAGUUUAGGCAGAAGGCCCCAUGAGAAGAAGGGAAAGCUGAGGAUGCUGGAGCAGAACAAUGGAUUUCUCGUUCUCUUUCAUGCAAGGGAUCAUGGGGAACACGAUUCAGCAACCGCCUCAGCUCAUCGACUCCGCCAACAUCCGCCAAGAGGAUGCCUUCGACGCCGGCAGCGACGCGCCCCAGGCGUACGCGCAGUAUCCCAACGGCUCCGCCAACGGAUUCGGGACCGUUAGAAACUUUAGCCCCCCGGAGUAUUACCAAAUGGAAAACUCGAACGCGAGGCCGCACGACGUUCUGGAAAAACCUUCCCCUCCGCCGCCGCCACCUUCAGUGUCACAGACAGUGAUUCCAAAGAAGACUGGCUCACCAGAGAUCAAACUAAAAAUAACCAAAACUAUCCAGAACGGCAGGGAAUUGUUUGAGUCCUCUCUGUGUGGGGACCUUUUAAAUGAAGUACAAGCGAGUGAGUAUGCUAAGGCGAAACAUGAAGGGAGAAAAGAGAAAAGGAAAAAAAGUAGCAAGCAUAGACCAAAUGAGAGGCUUAGCCUGCUAGCAGAAAGGCCCAGGGAAGAUGCACUGUCAGAGGAAGCACCGGUCCAGCAGUUCUUGCCUUCUCUUCCAACGCAAGUGGCCCAUGACGUCAAGUUUCAGGUUGGCGAUCUGGUUUGGUCCAAGGUGGGAACGUACCCGUGGUGGCCUUGCAUGGUUUCAUGUGACCCACAGCUUGAUGUUCAUACCAAAAUUAACACAAGAGGUGCCCGUGAAUACCACGUCCAGUUUUUCAGCAACCAGCCCGAGAGGGCGUGGGUGCACGAGAAGCGCGUUCGAGAGUACAGGGGACACAAACAGUACGAGCAGUUACUGGCCGAGGCUGCCAAGCAAGCCAGCAACCACUCGGAGAAGCAGAAGAUUCGCAAGCCGAGGCCGCAAAGAGAGCGUGCUCAAUGGGACAUUGGUAUUGCCCAUGCUGAGAAAGCCUUGAAAAUGACUCGAGAAGAGAGGAUAGAACAGUACACCUUCAUUUAUAUAGACAAAGAGCCAGAGGAGGCUUUGGCCAAAGCCAAAAAGACUGCUGCUUCCAAGGCGGAGGCGAAGAAGAGCAGGCGCCCGAAGCCAGCGCCGAACGCGCAGCCGGAACACGGCGCCGCGGCGGCAGCGUCGCCCUCGAGCGCGGACGCCCGGAGGCAAAGUCAGAGGAGGCAGUCGAGUGCGGAAGAAGAGGAGCCCCCUCCUGUGAAAAUAGCCUGGAAAACCGCUGCGGCUCGGAAAUCCCUGCCGGCCUCCAUCACCAUGCACAAGGGGACCUUGGAUCUGCAGAAAUGUAACAUGUCUCCAGUUGUUAAAAUUGAGCAGGUUUUUGCUCUUCAGAACGCGGCUGGGGAUGGAAAGCUCAUCGAUCAGUUUGUUUAUUCCACUAAGGGCGUUGGUAGCAAAACAGAAAUAAGCGUCAAAGGGCAAGACAAGCUUAAUUCUUCAUCAAAUCAGAGAACUGAAAAAGCAGUGGUGCAAAAUGUGUCCUCUCCUGAAACAACUUCUGGGUCUACAGGUUCUGUAGAAAAGAAGCAACAGAGAAGAUCGAUUCGAACCCGCUCCGAGUCUGAGAAAUCCACUGAAGUUGUGCCAAAGAAGAAGAUCAAAAAGGAGCAGGUUGAAAUGGUACCACUGACUGCAGUGAAGACAGGAUUGCAGAAAGGUGCCAGCGAGAUUUCAGAUUCCUGUAAACCUUUAAAGAAAAGGAGUCGUGCCUCAACUGACGUAGAGCUGACUAGCUCAGCUUACAGGGAUACAUCUGACUCUGACUCAAGAGGACUUAAUGAUUUACAGGGUAGUUUUGGAAAACGUUCAGACAGCCCAUCAGCUACUGCUGAUGCGGAUGCUUCCGAUGUGCAGUCAGUGGACUCCAGCUUAUCCAGGAGAGGAACUGGAACGAAUAAAAAAGACACUGUUUGUCAGAUCUGCGAAAGCUCCGGCGAGUCUCUGGUGUCCUGCGAAGGCGAGUGCUGCGGGGUCUUCCAUGUCGAGUGUCUUGGCCUGAAGUCGGUGCCUGAGGAGAAGUUCGUCUGCGCCGAGUGUAAAAAUGGGGAACACACGUGCUUUUCCUGCAAGCUCCCUGGCAAGGACGUGAAGCGCUGCUCCGUCAGCACGUGUGGUAAAUUCUACCACGAGGCCUGUGUGCGCAAGUUCGCCACGGCCCUCUUCGAGUCGCGCGGCUUCCGCUGCCCGCAGCACUGCUGCACGGCCUGCUCCGUGGACAAGGACAUCCACAAAGCCAGCAAAGGUCGCAUGGUGAGAUGUUUCAGAUGUCCCAUUGCCUAUCACUCAGGAGAUGGCUGUAUUGCUGCAGGAAGCUUGUUUGUGUCAUCCCACAUUCUCAUCUGUAGUAACCAUUCCAAAAGGAAUCACUCCUCAUCAGCUGUAAAUGUAGGCUUUUGUUUCGUUUGUGCAAGAGGGUUGGUAGUGCAGGAUCAUUCAGACCCCAUGUUCAGUUCAUAUGCCUAUAAGUCCCACUACCUACUGAAUGAAUCAAAUCGUGCUGAGUUGAUGAAAUUACCUAUGAUUCCUCCUCCUUCGUCAGCUUCCAAAAAGAAAUGUGAGAAAGGUGGGAAAUUAUUGUGCUGUGAAUCCUGCCCAGCUUCCUUUCACCCUGAGUGUCUCAACAUUGAAAUGCCUGAAGGAUGCUGGAAUUGCAAUGACUGUAAAGCUGGCAAGAAACUACGUUACAAGCAGAUUGUUUGGGUCAAGCUUGGAAAUUACAGGUGGUGGCCAGCAGAGAUCUGCAAUCCCAGGUCUGUGCCUCUCAACAUACAGGGCCUCAAACAUGAUAUCGGGGACUUCCCAGUAUUUUUCUUUGGUUCACAUGACUACUAUUGGGUACACCAGGGCAGAGUUUUCCCUUAUGUUGAAGGAGAUAAAAGCUUUGCUGAGGGGCAAACUAGUAUUAACAAGACCUUCAAGAAAGCACUUGAAGAAGCAGCAAAACGCUUCCAGGAACUGAAAGCACAAAGAGAGAGUAAAGAAGCAUUAGAAAUUGAAAGGAAUUCAAGGAAACCUCCACCUUAUAAACAUAUUAAAUCCAACAAAGUAAUAGGGAAGGUUCAGAUCCAGGUGGCUGAUCUGUCAGAAAUCCCUCGCUGUAACUGCAAGCCGUCGGAUGAGAACCCCUGUGGCCUGGAAUCGGAGUGUCUCAACAGGAUGCUGCAGUACGAGUGCCACCCCCAGGUCUGCCCGGCGGGAGAGCGCUGCCAGAACCAGUGUUUCACCAAAAGACUCUACCCUGAUGCUGAAAUCAUCAAAACCGAGCGACGUGGAUGGGGUCUCAGGACAAAAAGGAACAUUAAAAAGGGUGAAUUUGUGAACGAAUACGUUGGUGAGCUAAUUGAUGAAGAAGAGUGCAGACUGCGGAUCAAGCGUGCCCAUGAAAACAGUGUCACCAAUUUUUAUAUGUUAACUGUUACUAAGGACCGAAUAAUAGAUGCUGGCCCAAAGGGGAAUUAUUCUCGUUUUAUGAACCAUAGUUGUAAUCCAAACUGUGAAACGCAGAAAUGGACAGUGAAUGGUGACAUUAGAGUCGGACUCUUUGCUCUUUGUGAUAUUCCUGCAGGAAUGGAGUUAACAUUUAACUACAAUUUGGAUUGCCUUGGCAAUGGCAGGACUGAAUGCCACUGUGGAGCAGAAAACUGCAGUGGCUUUCUAGGAGUGCGCCCAAAGACAGCAUUUGCAACAGCAAACGAGGAAAAGGUGAAGAAUGCAAAAUUAAAGCAGAAGAAACGGAAAAUAAAAACAGAACAGAAGCAGAUGCAUGAAGACAACUGUUUCCAGUGUGGAGAUGGGGGAGAACUGGUGAUGUGUGACAAAAAGGACUGUCCCAAAGCAUACCACCUCCUAUGCCUUAACUUGACGCAGCCACCUUUUGGAAAGUGGGAAUGUCCGUGGCAUCAGUGUGACAUCUGUAGCAAUCCUGCAGUCUCAUUCUGUGAGUUUUGCCCUCAUUCCUUCUGUAAAGAUCACGACAAGGGGGCCUUGGUGGCGUCGGCGUUGGAUGGCCGUCUCUGCUGCUCCACACAUGACCCCAAAUCUCCCGUGGCACCCGAAUACUGGAACAAGAUCAAGUGCAAAUUGGAAUCACAGAAUCCCGUAGAAGAAGCAAAGGAGUGAAUUUGCUUGAAAGGCAAAGGUGGGGAGAAGAGGGGCAAAUAGGUGAUGAACUGGAAGCGACUGCUACCGACCCGUUCAGUCCUCAUCAUCAGAGCCGCCCUGUUUGAACUGGGAAUGGGACCAUUUAAUCUCAGCCAGCAGAAGCAGGCAGUGAUGUUUGUUUUUUUAUUGUUUGGUCUUUCUUUUACCCUUGAAUGUGCUACAGCAGCUCUUACUGUUGGAAAACAGGAACAUCUUGGCCUUCCUAAGAAAACAAAGUAGACCUUUUUGACAGUGAGAAGAAUAUUCUGUUUAAAAUAUGUUCUUUGAGUGUAGAAAGCCAAGCAUAGCAACAUAUUUAUUUAUUUAAUUUUUA